ACACCUGGCUUUAGAAAAGCCCGAGGAAAGCGAAAAACCUUUGUGUCGGAUAAAGGGAUGUGCCCAGACAUUGUUUGGAUUUGAUGGCGUUACACAGUGCGUGACAGUUCAGCUCCCAGCAUGUACUCGAAGGGGAAAGGAUCUACGGUACCCUCGGAUGCCCAAGCUCGCGAAAAGUUAGCCCUCUAUGUAUAUGAAUAUUUAUUACACGUCGGAGCACAGAAAAGUGCACAGACUUUCCUAUCAGAGAUACGAUGGGAAAAGAACAUAACAUUAGGGGAACCACCGGGGUUUUUACAUUCUUGGUGGUGUGUAUUUUGGGAUUUAUAUUGUGCAGCUCCCGAGAGGAGAGAGAACUGUGAUCAUUCUAGUGAAGCUAAGGCAUUUCAUGAUUAUGGGUUUGUAAAUUCAGGGUAUGGAGUAAAUGGUAUAGCACAUAAUGCAGCAGCACCUAGUCCAUUAGGUCAAAUGAAUCCUCAGGAUGGAAUUCCUGGGGGGCCAAUGCCACCAGGGUUUUUUCCUCCUGGAGCUUCACAACAGUCCCCCCAUGCCCAGCCACCUCCCACCCACCCCAUGAUGGGACAGAAUCAACCUUUCAUGUCUCCCCGAUACCCAGGUGGGCCAAGGGGCCCCGGGCCUGUUAGAAUGCCGCCCAAUCAAGUUGAUUUCAAUCCACCAGGCAGUGGGUCAGGUCCAAUAAUGCCUAACAGUAUGGAACCCAGGCCAGCAGAAUUUGCUGGUCAUCCGAGCAUGGGUCCAAUGGGACCUAGAAUGGCACACGGUAGAAUGCCAGGACCCAUGAAUCCAUAUGAUUCAUUAAGUUAUGGUGGUAUGAGAGGUCCACCACCAAAUAACAUGGGCCCUGGAGGAAUGCCUCCCAUGUCAAUGCCAGGGGGACAAGGAAGUCGACCUUGGGCACCAACCACAUCAUCAAUAAAUUACUCAUCAGCAUCACCAGGCAGUUAUAAUGGACCUGGAGGAGGGGGGCCCCCUGGAACACCUAUCAUGCCAAGUCCACAAGGAUCUCAAGGGCCAUUUUCUCCUGCCAGCCAUCAACGAAUUGGGUCAAGGCCAGGUGACUACAUCUCCAACGACAACAUGCCGGAUGAUGUUGAACCACAAAAGAUGCUUUGUUUAGAUUCAACUAAUUCAGGAGAUGGAAUGUAUGGAAUGAUGAAACCAGGGGGGCCAGGAUUACCGGGCAUGCCAGGGCAGUUCCCAGGGAUGCCAGGUGGGCCUGAUGGAGCUAUGGGCAUGGGGCCAGACAUCGGGCAAGUCAUGAAUGGUGGUGACAUAGAUGGCAUGAAGAAUUCCCCCGCAAACGGCCCAGGGACGCCGCCAGUUAGCAUGGCUGGCUACGUGGGCGACGGCUUAGGUUACCAAGAUAAUGACCAAAUCGAAUCCGCGGCAAUCCUCAAGAUAAAAGAAAGCAUGGCAGAGGAAGCUAAGCGGUUUGAAAAAGACUCCGAUCAGCCUGACUAUUUUAUGUCACAAUAAUACAUCAUCCCAUUCAUUUUUUUUUUUGUUCAGAAACAAAUCUCGUCUUUAUUGUAAAUUUUUUUGUUAUUUAUAAGUUAUAUUGACUUUGCUGUCUAUAAUAAUGACCAUCGCGAGAAUGUUUUAUUUACGAUGGAAAGUGGUCAUAAUUAUUAAAAAAUGGUGCUUUGUUUUUAUGUUAAACUGGGAAUUUUUGGAAAACCAAAGGACUGGGGAUACAAAAUCAUUAAAAACCCCUCCCACCUUAAGUCAAUUUGAGUUAUUCUCCGUUCCCUUAUGAAUUUCUUAUAAAAAUGUUGAAGUAGGUCAAAUAGGGUUUGAAACUUGAAUCAUUUAGAAUGUUGUUUUUGUCCGUUGUGGCUUUCCAAAUCGUUUUCUUUGCAUUUUUUGUUAACUGCCAUGUUCAACAUAAUUAAUUUCUAACGGAAACUUCAUUUACACAUAUUUUGAAGGUGCUUUUAACACAUCUACACAAGCUACAUGAGAUUUGGUGCAAAUCAGUAUUUUUAUUCUCACACAUGACAAGAAAACCAACAGUUGGUUGUGACAUAACCCAUUAAAAUAAGAUCAUCACCACCCAUUUCCUGAAUCCAUUCUAUCAUGAAUCCCCCCUUUGUUGCCCCUCUCCUUUGGUUGGUCCAGCCCAGUUUUUUAUUUAUAUGUGCUGAUCACAUGUCUUUGACUGAAAUGACAUUUUUACACUAGACCAAAAGACACAUCAGGAUUGUUUGAGCAAGAAAUAGUCUUUGAGCCACAAAUGCCGCCUCUUAAUUUUAUAUUGUUAGCUUUAAAAGUAGAAGCUAAUUUGUCUAUCGCUUUAGUAUUAACAUUUAACAGAAUUACUCAUUUUUUUUUCUGCCUCUUACAUUUACAUUUAAUUUAUUUUUUGGGUUAAUCUGCAUGUUUGAACAGUGAAUUGAAUAUAUAUUUGACAAAAAAAGGUUUUGAAAGGAAAUGGUUUUCAAGAAAAAAGAAUAUGUGAAAAACUGAAAAAGAAAUUCUAGCCAAAAAUGCAUCAACUUUUUUCUGUUCUUUUUUGGUCAUCAUGUCGUGUUUUAUGUGUUUUAACCCUCCUGUUUUUUUUUUCUCUUACACAGACAGGAAAAAAGCGCUACACGUUUAUAUAAAAGUCGACAAAACAUUGAAAAAAUAUCAAAUCUUCUGUCCCCUUCCCCCUCUCCGUGUGGCUUUGUUUUUCUGGCUUGUCAGAUUAUUUCUGUACAACUCCUAGCACCCACCCACUUUAUGUCUCUAUAUAUGCACAUUAGUAUUGAUAUCACUACAUAGCUGCAGCCUGGGUUAAGAGAUUAAAGAACUCAGAAAAUAAAACAGUUAACAGGUGCAUUUCCAUAAAACUCUGACCCAGAGGUCAUGGGGUAUUUUUUGUUGGAAUUUUUAAACUGUAUAUGAUAUAUAUGUAUACAAUUAUCAUGUUUUUUUUUUCUAUUUAUUAUUUGUCAUUGUUCAUUUCCCAUAUUUUUUCACAUAUGUCUCAAAAAUUGUAUGUUUAGUAUGAAAAAAAGAUUGAUUUUGUUUAUUCACCUUUGAGUUUAUAAUGAUUACUGUUUUUGUAAUGCAUUUAAUCCACAGUUUAAGGAUUAUAGAUGACAUACAUAGAUUCGUGAUCUGGAUCGACAGAGUGAGUGACACUUUUAGCAUAAACCGUAGCAAGAGGUCUACAAUCAUUUCAAAGGAGGUAUAUUUUUGAACUUCUUUUUUUUCUGUUUUUUGCAAUUUCAUUGACACUGUUUGAGAGUGUGUCAUGGAACAAGAGGGAUGAAAGAAUGAGGAUUGAGAAUUUUUAUUCCACAAAAAGUAAUUUAGAGAAUUUAGCAGUUAAUCGUGUAGCAAUUAGCAAUCUCAUUUACUUUGUGUUUUCUCUAUGGAGAUAGGUAGAUGACAAGAUUUUUGCAAAUGACGAAUACUUGACAAAAAAAUAGGAAUUUGCAUCUCAAAACUUUGGUAAUUGAUAAAAUAUAGCCACUAUUGUCUCAACAUUUGAUUUAUUUUUCUCACAGUGAACACAUAGUUUGGAAUGACUGCAUGUUUAUUUCACUAGUUUGUAAGUCUUGCCUUCAUACCAAAGAGCAGGUUAUUUUUUAGGGGGAGGGACUUUACUCGUAGGUUGUGAAAAUUAAUUAGCUGUUUAAUUUGUAUGUUUCAUUCAUAACACCAGAUUUCUUUCAAAAAAUAUGGUCAGUUUAUUUUUCUUUUGUCUUAAGGGGAUAGAAGACAUCACUAUAGGUUAUUACAAAUUAUUCUGAGAAGGCAUUUUUAUUAAAAAAAAAAUAAUUGGCAAUCUUUGAGUGAUUUUUUAAAGCGCAUUUUUUCACAUUUUUUUCUCUCUGUAUGGAAGGGGAAGAUUAAUUUCCAUGACGAUAUAUACAAUUAUAAAGUUGUGUUAAGCCAUAUAUUUAACAUGUUCAUAUUCCAAACUGAGUACAUUAUUGAGAAAUUUUGACUUGUGUUCAGGACAUUCAAUGCAUUUAAAAAUUCUGCAUCCAUUUUAAGUGAUUUUGUUGAUUUCUCUGUUUUCUUAAGACAUUCUUAAGUUAUAUAUGUGCACUUGUGAAUGACCAUAAGAACUUUGAUUAUAGCGUGAACUGAGAUUUUUUUCUUUUUUAACUUGUUAACAUUUGGCAAAUGUGAAUUAUGUUCAAACUGUUUUGUUCUUUAUUUAUGUUGGUGUAUUAGAUUUAUAAGGAUCUGAAAUGAUGGAUUAUUGCAAACAGUUUUACGCAAUAUAUAGAUUUCCCAUUGUCCUGGGUAAUUUUUUUUAUCCAGCAGUAUAUAUAUUAUAUUUUGUAUUGGGUGUUAUUUUGAGGGGAAAACGACAGAUUUUCAGCAAAAUAACAGACUUUCUUUUUGUCGAAUUUUCAGUUAUUUUAAGUCCAAAACCAUUGUUGAUGAUGCGUUUUGAUUUUGAAAGAUACCACAAACUCAGGUGACUUAACAUUGGAUCAUUGUUGGGGAAUAAGAUUUCAGUUUUUGUCCACAAUCUUGCCAUUUCAUACAGUUUAAAAAUCUGGGUUGUGAAUCAUAUCCUAAGUAAACCCCCUCUUAAGUUCUAUUCUUGAUGCUAUGUAAUGGUUAAAGAUAGUACGCGGGUGGAUUCCGGACAGAAACUAACGAUUAAAAGCAGAGCCUGUUGUUUUGUUUUCAGAUAUAUCGGGAUUUCAAGCCUCUCAAUUAUGAUCUGUGAAUAUUUUUUUCCUGAAUUUUUUCUUGGUUUUAGUAACUUAUAGAUAUAUUGCCUAAUACAUUUUUUAUUUUGCAAGAAAUAUGCAUUUUUUAUGUUUCUGUAUAACUAUCUCAUUUCAUUUAUUAAAUAAUAUGGCUGUAGUGUAUGAAGGUUUUUUUUCUCUUUUUAUUUUCCCCAACAUUGUUGAUGUUCAAGCGAUGAAUUGUAUGGUGUGAAAAUGAAUGAUGUAUAAGGUUGCAAUCAAAAAAACAGUAAAAUGACAUGGCAAUAUAUUCCCUCAUAUAAAUAUACAAACGUUGUUGUCGAACAUUGUGUAAAUACUUCAUAUCCCAUUUUUCUGUAUGGAAGUAAAUGGUCUUAACAUUAUAUAUAUAUAUUUUUUAUUUCCUGUACAGCCCAUACACAUCGGUUGAUCUGUCUUGAUGUGUAGUAGCAAUUAUCAAUGUUCCUGUUGUUACAAUAUCAUCAGAAAACCUUUUUUUUUUUAAUAAAGGGAGAUAAUUGACUAAGGAGACCUCAUUCUCAUACAAAUCCAUGCAUUAUGAUAUAUAUGUGGACAGUAAAAAAAAUCUCAUCUGAAAAAAAAAAUCUUUUUCGAGGUUGUUUAUAUUUUUUACAGUAGAGGUCAAAGGUCGACUGUCUCCUUGGUGACUUAUCCCCCGUGAACUACAUUGAUAGUUGCCCUUUAGUCAUAUGUCUGUUUAGUAUCAGUAUGUUGGCUGUAUGUUUCUGUAUUGUACAAGAUCUUCUAUAGUCAUUAUUGACUGGAAGCUCCAUAAAGAUGGAAUAAAUUAUCAGUGAGAACAUUCUAA